CGUGGCGCGAAAUAAAUUCCAUACAACUGCAAGGCUAGGCUACCUUGCGAAACCAACAACACUGUUUCAUCUACAUAUUUCACAACUUUAUUCUUCUGCGCAACCUUGUGUCCAAACACAUACCACAACUUCACCGGAAGUCAACCAAUGCUUCCAGCCAGUCACACAUAAUGACGGAUUGGAACAAAUUGAAGGUGCCGGAGCUCAAGGCUGAACUCAAGUCAAGAGGACUGUCGCAACAUGGAUUGAAAGCUGCCCUUGUCGCCAGGCUGGAUGAAGCAAACAAUGAACCCAGUGCUGAAGGCGUUCAAGCUGAAUCAAAGGAAGGCGACGGCAAUGAAAGCAUUCAGACAAAUACUGUCGACAACAGUCCAGAGGCGGAGAAGGAGGCACCACAUCCCGAAGCUGAGAUCGACAGCGCACCGAAACCGUCGCAUGAACCAUCUACACAAGAGGAUGUAAACAAAGAUGCGCAAAUCGAAGUGGAUUCGAAACAAGGCGCUCCGGCGCAACCAGAAGCCACCCCCACCUCUCAAGAGGCGCCAACACAGGAUAGCUCGUUGGCUGAACCAGCUGUUGCUGAGGCUCAAGCAACUCCAGAUAUCGAAUCGCGCAAGAGGCGCUCAUUAUCUCCUCCUCCUGGCAGCUCAGAGACAUCACGAAAGCGCCAGCGUAAAGACACAGAACUUCCCUUUACCGACGUGGAUGGACGACACGAUGACGUGACUACUACAGAAGGAGAUGAACAAUGGGUCGAGAAGCACAACAAUGUCGAUACUGCGGUAAUCAAUGCCGAAUCGGAGGAGGUUGCAACAGCCGGGGGUGUGGAAGAGGGCCCUACAAUUGUGGACGUUGGCAAGGAGGAGGUCGUGAUCGAGCACGCGGGAAAACACACGGAAGACACUCGUGGGAGGCACAGAGAGCGCAGCUACAAAUCGCCUUCAGGCCCGGCCCAUCGACGCUCGGAAGACCACCAAGCAGGCAGAGACCAUGAUAUGCCCGAUGCAGAGCAAGAGCGCAGUGUUGCGCCAUCCAUUCACCCAGCCACCUCAGCUCUCUAUAUCCGCAACUUCCAGCGACCGUUAAACCGUACGCAACUCAAAGACUACAUUGCCGAACUUGCCACUGCGCCAGGCCAGUCUCAGGACCCUGAUGUCAUACUUGACUUCUUCCUCGAUUCGAUCUGCACGCACGCAUUUGUCUCAUUUUCCAACACCUCAGCAGCUUCUCGUGUUCGCUCCGAACUGCACGAUCGCAUCUGGCCAGAUGAGCGCACCCGUCAGCCACUUUGGGCAGAUUUCAUCCCGUAUGAGAAGGUAGCCGAAUGGAUUGAGGCUGAAGUCACUUCCACCGCUGCGCGAUCCGGCAAGAAAUGGGAAAUCAUGUACGGCGUAGACGAUGACAGGAACGUCACAGCCACUCUCCAAGAAACCGGCGCCGUCCCAGCUCAGAUCCGCAGGCAAUCCUCGUCCGCAAACGCCAAUGCGCCUCCUGCUUUUGGUCGCGCUGGCCCAGGUCCAGUCCCGGGUGCACCUUCUGGCCCCAAAGCAGACAUGGGACGAAGAGACAAUGGAGUACCCCUUGACGGCCCAUCAGACCGGUACAACAGGGAUGCUGACCGUGAUUUCAACCCAUACGAUCGGCCCAACGCUGACAUCCCACCUGUGGCUCCAUUUGAUCCGGAUGUGACCUACACCAAAGCCACUCCACCCGUCGCUUUUGUUCCCGUGACGAAGGCUCUUGCAGAGCGUAGAUUGGAUAAUAUCCACAGCCUGUACGCAAGAGACGCAGAGGACGAUUUCCGGGCGAAGAGCGAGCAACACAGAUACUCGUUCGAAGGCGACCUGCUAGUCGAUAGAGGACCAGAAAUCUUCCCAGGCGUCAGGCCUCCACCCGGCGUGAGAAGGAGGGGCCUGCCUAGAGGGUUACUCGGCAGAGGCGGCGGCGGUAGAGGUGGUGGUCCACGAGGUGGAAGGGAUUUUGGUGGCCCGAGAGACUUCGGUCGUGGCGAUAGGGGCUACAGGGGUGGUUACGGCGGCAGAGACGAGGGGUACGGGGGAGGAUUCCGGAAUGAUCGCCCACCGCGUCGCGGAGGAGACUCGUAUGCCGGUGGAUAUGAUCGCGGCGACAGAUUCGACAGGCCGCAGUAUGAUCGCCCGAAGGAUGAUUUUGGCCGUGGCCCGAGAAACGGGGGAGGAGGAUACGGGGGCCGAGAGGAUCAGCAUUGGCGUGGGGGUUCGGUGGGAAUGGGUAGACGCUAUUAGGGGAUUG